CGUAGCUAAAGAAAGAUUUCUAUUUCCGGUGAGCGUCCACACGCGCAGACAUGCCUCUCGCAAAGGAUUUGUUGCACCCAACCCCCGAGGAGGAAAAGAGGAGACACAAGAAAAAGCGUCUUGUCCAGAGUCCCAAUUCAUAUUUUAUGGAUGUCAAAUGUCCAGGCUGUUACAAGAUCACCACAGUAUUCAGUCACGCUCAGACUGUAGUGCUGUGUGUCGGCUGUUCCACAGUCCUCUGCCAGCCUACAGGAGGGAAGGCUCGACUGACAGAAGGCUGCUCAUUCAGGAGGAAACAGCACUAGUUUGACCAGACGAGGCUGGACACCAUCGAAGAAGAGAGAACACAACUUUAUGCACAAGUUACACUGCCAUGGAGCUGACGCAACAAACAGGGAAUGGAGAGUGGGAAUGCCAAUAAUGUCAUACUAUAAAAAGUCUAUCUAAAAAAAAAUUCUUGGCCCCUGUUUAAUCCCACCAAGUACCACAUAAAUUCUUCUCUCUUAAUAAACUUAGGUUGUUUUUUUUGUUAAAAUAAUCUUGUAUCUUUGUCAUCCAGUUUCUUGUUUUUAAUCUCUUGAAGGUUCUUCGAUGUCAUUUGUCUGGUAAAGAUCAGGGCGUUUGAGGACAGUGUGGCCUCAGUGGGUUUUUGCGUCUGUUUGCAUUACACCCUUCAGUGAUUAAGCACAAACAUUUAGAGCAAUGUGAGGGUAUAAGAUGAGCCUUGCAGAUAUUGCCCAGCAGUUGCUCAGCACCUUUGAAAACACUUAACCAGUUCCAGGAAAGGAGACAUUGUGGCUGAAAUUGCAAAUUACAUCCAACAAUCUGUCCUCUGUUACAGCGUUUUAUAAUAAAAAAAUUGCACUUUGCAAAGCUGAAUAUUGAUAUAAGACAGACAUUAACAGAUACUAUAUACCUAUGCCAAGUGAAAGCCACAGUGAAGUCAACAUUUUAUUAAAAGGUAGACAGUGAUUUUCUCAGUGCCUGCUCCAAAGUCAGUCUGAACGAGGGUUGAUUCAGGAGAAAGUCAUCUCCGGCUCUUCCUGUGUUUCCUGUUGCUUGUAAAACAAACACAGUGAUGUGACACCAAAUGGCAUCACAAUGAACAUUGUGGUUGUGAAUUUACUGCUUCUAAGCUUCCUGUGAAAAUGAUAAUGUGGGAUGAAUUCUUGUCAAGUUGCAAAAUAAAAAAACUCACUAGUUUAAGAAUAGUGGGAAUAGCUUGACGAAUCAAACUAAGAUUUGUGACCUACAGUUUAUUCACAGCUUUUGUUUAAGGCUUGUGAGCAUGUCGGCCAUUUGCACAGUCUGUAUGUGACAGCUUUGAGUUGUACUUUGAAAAGACAAAUUAAAUCAAGGGACGGAGUGAUUCAAUGAUAGCUAUCUUGUUGCUAUGGUGACAUUUUUCUUGUGUCUUGCUUGUACAUUGGACACAGCUUACAAAUAAAAUCAAGGGAAAUAUAA